AUGCAGUGCGACGCGCCUGACACCAUCUGGAUGCACUACAAGGUGUAUGGCACGACACCUCCCAAACCAUCUUUGUUCGGUUUCGACAGGGCUCACAAGACUCACGGGAUAGCAAGACGUCUUGUUGCCGUCGCCCGAGACUGGUUCGUUAUCUGGAUGGGCUUCCUGUCGUACCUCAUUGCCCAGUCUCGCGCAAACCCGUUCAAUUGGCCCGAUUGCAAACAGAAGGACUGGGGCCAGAAAGGGGCGCUCCCCAAGUGGUACGUGGUGCUCCGAGAGGAAGGAUUCCAGGAGGACUGGGCUAGUGGCCCCUUGACAUCGGACGUAUGCGAUUUUUCUCGACGAACGCCCCGUGCAGGCAUCGUGGUCGACUGA